AAAGACAACCUUAUCCAGAGGAAAUGAUAAAACACAGAGCUCUGUAAGAACAAACCCAACACAACAAUGGCUUCCAUAUCACCUACUUCUCUUCAACUCUCCACAAACUCAUUCCCCUCACGCGCUCCGUCCCUCUACAAAUCCCACGCGCAAACCUUCACAUUCACCACCCGCGCCACCGAUUCCGAAACGCCAACCGAGUCUGAACCCGAAACCUCCAAACCCGACUCGGUAGACCCGUUUGAGUCGCGGAUCUCGCAGGUCAGGAUCCGAUACAAGAGCGGAACCGGGAAAAAGGCGGAAGUUCGGAAGGCGAAAAAGGGGGGCGCCACCGCGAAGGCCGGUUCGUCAAUGUACUUGCCGCCGGUCCCACUGAAGGAGGCGGUUUCGGGCGGGACGAAAGUGGAGUUCGGGUUUAGCCCUUACAGCGAGAAAAUCAACGGGCGGAUAGCGAUUUUGGGGCUAACGGCGCUACUGGCGGUGGAGUUGGCGACGGGAAAGGGGGUGAUAAAUUAUCACACGCCGGCGAUUGUGCUAAUUCAGGUCUAUUUUGUGGCGGCCGUAAGCGCGUUGUUUGUGAAGUAUGAGAAAGAGAGCGUGAGUGUUUGGCCUGAGGCUAAGAAAUGAACUUAGAAAGAUGUAAUUAUCAUAAUUGAGAUUAUCUUUUUUGUGUUAAUUAAUUA